CAGUAAUAAAAUAUAACAACUUAAAUUAAAUCGUUGAAAACGUUACGGGUCUAAUUUUGAUGUAUGGUGAUAUUGCUAUGAAACUAAUUUACAGAGGGGUUUUAAUUAGUUAGAAAAAAGAUUAUACCAAUUAAUACUGUCGCCACCUUAUGUCGGAUGACGAAAACUUUGAACUUACUACCCGAGACACACACUCCAAUAGUUAAAAUUAGAGAAAAUAUAGUUAAUUAGCCUUCCCUAUAUCCAAAACACCUAGAGAGUUUAAAAAAAAUAAUAUACAUAAACAAUAUGUUUAGAAAAUUCUAAUUUUUCUUAAUAUACACAUAAAAAAUACCCAUUAUUCAGGGUUAAUUCCAGGAAUUCUGCUGUUUUUAAGAACUAUGAUGAUAUAUGAAUACUUUCUGCAAUAUGUGUGAAAAAUUGUAUUGUACCAACCCCUUACUGAAAGGGGAUAGAACAAAGAGAAUAUUUUUUUCGUAAUUCUGGAUAUUUAGCUCACCUAAAAUCGUAAAUCUAGAUGCUUAACUACAAAAUCGUUUCGAUACUAGCUUGUAAGAACUUAGGGUAAACUCUACCCAAUUUUUGCCGAUAGAGCAUCAGUUAGGUCAGAAAUAUAGCGAGCGCCAUCUCUAAAAAUUUCCUGAAAUUAAAGCUACAAUUGAGACACGUAUGUUACAUGAACCUCAGUACGAACUUUGGUUUCCUUAACAGCAUGUCUACUGCCAUCUGGGGUUCGAUUUAUGAAACUGAAACACAAGUUAAACGCGAACUAUCUACUCGUAAAAGCUUUGUAGUGCCAUAAAAUGUGGUUGCCUAUGGGCUUAUUAACGCCACGUUGACUUUUAAGUAUACAUAAGAAUAUUUCGAUCGAUAAUAUUAUGCAACAGAAAAUAGUAAAGUUAUACUUUAGAGAUUUUGUCUUUCAUUGCUACGCUAUGUAGAGCCGGAAAAUCGAUGCGUGAAACAUAUUAUGCACUAUUAUAAACAAUAUAUUGGAUCUUAGUCAUAUUUCAAUUUAUCUGUGUAUUCUUAUUAAUAAAAAAAAAUGAUAUGGGAUUAUUACGCCUCGUACAAACACAUUUCAAGUUGCAAAAUUAUUGAACUGGGUAGUUAAAUAUUAAUUUCAAAUUUGUACGUAAAAUUUUCCUUGACAACAUUUGUUAUAAUAUUGUGUUAGCGACACAGUAGCCAAACAAAUGCCAUCAAAGUUCAUGAAUUUAAAAUUGUUGCCGUUACAUCUAAAAUAACAGCACAAAGUCUAACCAUACAUAUUUAUAAGUUGAUCUAUUUUCAUCGAACGUUAUUCAGAGCUGGCGAUACAAUACAAAUCUAGGAGAAUAUUCCGAGGAUUACAUAGAAACGAAAGGUGCCAAGGGGCGGCGGGCUCCAUUCAUCGAUGAGGCGCAGACUGCGCGGGGCGCAUUAGGAACUGCGGGGGGGUGAGUUCAGGUUCCAGAUCUAGUACCUACUCCGACGUCGCCACGGGAACACAUACGUACCGUGCUCGUUAAUAUUCUACAAAAACUACUAUAUUCAAUUAUUUUAUCGGUACUAAAUAAAGUGACUAUUGUGUUUGUUCAUAUUCUGUGUUGGAUAAGUGGAAAAUUAAUCGCGUUUUGAAUCGAUCUGCGAUUAGUGAAUUCAUAUGGUGUCAACAUCACAGCCUCGAUAGACGUCAGAUAGGGUGCAAGCUGUGAGUGGGAAGCGUCAAGCCAUGAUACGGCGCGCGCGAGUGACGAGUACACGCGCCGCCGCUGCGCAAGUCACCUAAGCUAUCACCCACGCGCCGCCGGUGACGCUUCACCAUGCCAGCACCGAUCGCCAUAUAUUUCACUUCUGUUGCAUUGCUAUGGAUAUGUGUGAACGCGGAGGAGACCCAGGCAUCAGCCGGUCCGCGUCCCACAAAUGGCUCCGCCGACUCACCCGACCCGCGGUCUCCCUUAGGCCGCGUGCCACCAUAUCAACCUCCAGCUAUGGGCGUCGGAGUCGGGCCGAUCCCAAUACAGACGCAAGGUUUCUGGCCUCACAGCAUCUAUACACGCGUAGAAAGCUGGCAUCAUCGGCCGGGAUUUCAAAAGAAUGCUGACGUAAUCCACCCCGGCCCUGAAGGCGGAGACAUGGACGAGGGCCACGACGACGGAGGCUGCCUUCAACCAUGUCUCAAAUUACAUUUUUCUUGUCAGAUAUCUUGCACAUGUAUACCGAUGGAAAAGCGUUGUGACGGGAUAGCCGACUGCGCAGAGGCUGAAGACGAAGCCGGCUGCGCCAGGUCCUGCGAUGAACAUGAGAAUCGCACCAUAUGUCACAGUACCAACGUGUGUAUAGCUUUGGACUGGCUCUGUGAUGGUGAUAAUGAUUGUGGAGACUUUUCUGAUGAAACUCAUUGCGGAGGAACAGCGAAUUGCACAGCCGAUCAGUUUCAAUGCGGCAACGGGCUGUGUAUCCACAACGGCUGGGUGUGCGACAACGAGAACGACUGCCGCGACAACUCCGACGAGACCAACUGCACCAAGGGCAAAUGCCGCGAGAACCAGUUCAUGUGCGCGACCGGCGAGUGCAUCUCCCAGCAUUGGCGUUGUGACAAAGACCCUGAUUGCACAGACAGCUCGGACGAAGCCGAUUGUCCUGCCGACCUACUGCGCUGCGGGGAAAAUGAAAUUCAAUGCGAAAACAAGAAAUGCGUACGCAAAGAAUUUCAAUGUGACGGCGACAACGAUUGCGGCGACUGGACUGAUGAAGAUUCAUGCCCUAUGAUCCCUGGCAGCUGCAACGCUGGGGAAUUCAAAUGUAGCGACGGUAAAUGUAUUCCGGAACGCUGGCGAUGCGACACUGAAAGAGAUUGCUCCGACGGUGGCGACGAAUUGAACUGCGAACCCAACAACAUGCGCAACUGUAGCGCGGACGAAUUUACAUGUGCUGACCGACGCUGUGUUUUGAAAACCUGGCUUUGCGAUGGAGUUCGGGAUUGCAGCAACGGUGAAGAUGAAUUGAAUUGCGAAAUAAAUUGCGAAGAAGAUCAAUAUACGUGCAAAACACAGGAUCAUCUUAUCAGCAAUGCUUUCAGAAACUGUGUUAACAGGAAACAUGUUUGUGACGGUAUGAAGGAUUGUCCUAGAGGCGACGAUGAAGAAAACUGCCCUACAAAACGUAAAUGUACCUCGCAAGAUAAAUGUGAAAAACUUUGUAUUACUGAAUACGAUGGACGCUCCGCUUGCGCCUGUCCUGUUGGGUUUCUGCUAGCUGAUGAUAAGUUUAGUUGCCGUGACAUCGACGAGUGCAUGUACGAACAGGACCCAGUUUGUUCUCAAACAUGCUCGAACACUGUCGGAAGUUUCUAUUGUGGAUGUAUGACCGGCUAUGUCUUGAGACCUGACGGAAGAUCUUGCAAACAUACCGGGGAGUCGCCAACAUUACUAUUCUCCAAUAGAAUUGGGAUACGUCAGGUGUGGCUCACUGGCGAUAACUACGUGUCAGUGGUGAAGGGGCUUCACAAUGCAGUGGCUUUGGACUAUCAUUAUGAAAAGAAGCUUGUUUUCUGGUCUGAAAACAAUUUAAGAGUUAUUCGUGUGGCACAAAUCAAUACAAACAACAUGACAGAUGUUAUAAGAUGGGGACUAGAAACUCCAGCUGGUGUAGCCGUGGACUGGAUACACAAUCUCCUAUUCUGGACUGAUUCUGGGACUCGACGAGUGGAAGUGGCAACACUUGAUGGUUCUCAAAGAGCGGUGCUCAUUGCCAACGAUUUGGAUAAACCAAGGGCUGUUGCUGUACAUCCUGGCGAUGCUUUGGUGUUUUGGACAGAUUGGGGUCCCAAUCCUAAGAUCGAACGAGCUGACAUGGAUGGCAGUAGACGUCGCACCGUUAUAUACGAUCAAAUAUUCUGGCCUAACGGUUUAACAAUCGAUUACACUGAUUCCAAAAUAUAUUGGGCGGAUGCUAAACACCACGUGAUCGAGAGAGCAAUGUUUGAUGGUCGAGACCGGCACAGGAUUACUACGAAAGGAUUGCCGCAUCCAUUUGCGUUGACGUUGUUUGAGGAUGCCAUAUAUUGGACAGAUUGGCAUACGAAAAGCAUAUCGACUGUGAACAAGAAUACCGGAAUGGGAAUACAAACAGUGCACGCUGGAAUCAAUGUUCCUAUGGAUAUACACAGUUAUCAUCCUCUGAGACAACUGAGGACGUACAGGAAUCGUUGUGGCAUUAAUAACGGAGGAUGCUCCCAUCUUUGUCUACCAAACAGCAAUGAUCAUUCAUGUCGGUGCCCAGUUGGUUUCAAUAUAAAUUCUGAUGGUGUAACAUGUGAAGAAAAACCUGAAAAAUUGUUACUUUACGCUCGCCGUAAAGAUAUUAGAGUAAAACAGCUGAAUCCAAAGAAACCUAUCGAUUCGUUGGAUAUGGUCAUCCCAGUUGAGAGUAUAAAGUCAGCCGUAGCUUUAGAUUGGGAUAUGAAUAGUAAUUCAAUAUUUUGGACUGACGUAGAAAAGGACACAAUCAAUCGCGCAUACCUCAACGGAUCUAAUCAAAAUACAAUUGUGAAUUCAAAUCUAAUUUGGCCAGCCGGAUUGGCAUACGACUGGAUUACCGACAAAUUGUAUUGGACGGACGCCGGAACUAAUAAAAUUGAAGUUGCAAAAGCAGAUGGAAGCAUGAGGACUUUGUUAGCGUGGGAUAACAUUGAUAAACCGAGAGACAUUGUUGUAGAUCCUAAAGGUGGAGUUAUGUACUGGUCGGAUUGGGGUACUUCCCCGUGCAUCGAGCGAGCUGAUAUGGAUGGUGGAAAUCGUAAAAGAUUGAUAUUCGGCGAUAUGACCUGGCCUAAUGGUUUAGCUUUAGAUCUUGGCAAUAAUCGCAUUUACUGGACUGAUGGCGGUAAUCGCACAAUCGAGUAUGCAAACCUAGAUGGCACCGGACGAAGAAUAUUGAUCGGUCAACACCUUCCACAUCCUUUUGGCUUAGAUCUGUACGGAGAUGAAGUCUUUUGGACCGAUUGGGACACGCAAUCUAUUCAAGCGGCUAAUAAAUUCACCGGUGAAAAUCGACGCACCUUAGGUGCUGGCGUAGCAGGUCUCAUGGACGUCCGAGUGUUCCACAAGGAGCGUGUAGGUGGUGUUAAUAGAUGCGGAAAGAAUAACGGCGGUUGCUCCCAUCUUUGCCUAUUGAAACCUGGAGGUCGAUCAUGCGCUUGCCCAAUUGGAAUCAAACUGAAUAAGGAUGGUAAAACCUGCGCUGAUGGACCGGUCAACUAUCUGAUAUUUGCUCAUCGCGUAGACAUCCGAGUAAUAUCUUUGGACGUGCCGUAUCUAAUUGAUGUGGUUUUGCCUCUUCCUCCAUUGAAAAAUGCAUUAGGAGUUGAUGUUGAUCACAGAACAGGUCUUAUUUAUUGGACCGAUACCGGGGAAGAAAAGAUACAACGCGCAACUAGAGAUGGAACCCGUAUUGAGACAGUGAUCGGAUCUGGACUACACACUGUUGACGGUAUUGCUAUUGAUUCCACCGGUCGCAAGAUUUAUUGGACUGAUGGAGGGCAUAACAGUAUUGAAGUCGCUGAACUUGAUGGCACCAAUAGGAAAGUUUUGAUAUGGACCAACCUAGAUUCUCCAAGGGCUAUAGUAUUGCAUUACGAGCUAGGGUACAUGUUUUGGUCAGACUGGGGAACGUCCGCUAAAAUAGAAAGAGCAGAUAUGGACGGCAAUAACAGACAAGUCAUCGUUGACAGUAACAUUAAAUGGCCCAACGGACUCACCAUUGAUAGAAUAGAGGGACGUCUUUAUUGGAACGAUGCGAAAAUUUUGACAAUCGAAAGCUCCAACUUCAAUGGCGGCAAUAGAACCACUGUACUUAGUAGCGUCUCGUACCCUUACGGCAUUGUCAUCGUCGGCCAACAUAUUUAUUGGACAGACUGGAAGACUAAAGCGCUUCAUAGAGCUGACAAGUCUACACGCAAUGAACCGAUCACGAUCAGAAGAAAUUUAGAAGGUCUUAUGGAUAUUAGAGCUAUUCAGACUGAACGAGUUUUGGAAGAUGCUUGUGGAACUAACAAUGGUGGAUGUUCACAUCUUUGUCUUCGUUCUCCUCAUGGCUAUUCAUGCGCUUGCCCUACCGGAAUAUUGUUUGUGAAUAAUACAGAACACCAUCCUAAGAUCUGCCAUAAGCAUCCUCAGGAAUUUCUGGUUUUCGCUGCUCGAGGAAGUCUGUCAUACAUAUCUUUCGACACACCAGAACAAUGGGACGUUAAUCUUCCAGUAAAAGAAGUCAACAACUCUAUUGCCGUCGAUUUUCAUUGGGAACAAAAGUUGAUAUUUUACACUGAUCUCGACUACGACGUAAUAAGAUCUGUAAAUAUGACAACGAUGAACGAAACCAAAAUAGUAAUAAAGGGUAAAUUGGACCAGCCCAAUGGUUUAGCUGUGGACUGGAUAGCAAACAACCUUUAUUGGACUGAUAACAAAUACAAGGUCAUCGAGGUAGCCCGCUUAGAUGGGACGUGCAGAAAAAUUUUAAUUUCUGGUUUGACUGAACCUCGCGCUCUGGCUCUGUUUCCUGCUAAAGGGUAUCUCUAUUGGAGCGACUGGGGAGAAAGUCCCAACAUAGAAAGAUCAUUUCUAGAUGGAAGUCAGAGAAAAGUGAUUGUACAACAGGAUUUGGGAUUUCCUAAUGGUUUAACUAUUGACUAUCGAGACAGGAGAUUAUAUUGGACUGAUGCUCUAAAGGAGAGGAUCGAUACCUCUGACUUGAGCGGACAGCACAGGGUUCAACUUGUGCCAGAAGCUAAAAAUCCAUUUGGAAUGACCUAUUUUAAAGACUACAUUUACUGGACUGACUGGUACAAAAAGACAGUAAUGAGAGCCGAUAAAAGAACAGGAAAAAAUAUUACUGUGAUUAGGAGCGAUCUAGAAAUGGCCAUGGAAAUAAAGGCAGUGUCCGCAGAUAAACAACAUGGCUGGAACCCUUGCAAAGAGGAAAAUGGUGGUUGUUCUCAUCUAUGUCUUUUUAGAGGUCAUGACUAUAUUUGUGCGUGUCCAGACGAACCAGAAUCCAGGCCGUGCUCCACCGUACCUAAAACUCGAGUGGAUAGCAAAAUGCCAUCACACUAUCCAUCUUAUUACGACUAUGCUGACGCUGAAAUAGACAAUGCUUUGAUUCCGCCACCAACCGUGCCGCCCAGCUCAAGGCUUGGAUUCAUCGCAAUUGCAGCUCUUAUAUUUGGGUUGGGCAUGAUUGUUAUUACUUUGGUCGUAUAUGCCUGUGUGAAAUUAGGCAAAGCGGCUCAAAACGACUUGAAAGAAGAUUACCGAGAUUCUGGUGGUCAUAUAUCAUUCCAUAAUCCAAAUUAUAGCUGCACAACUGGUGGACACGGAGGAAAUGGCGCCGAACCACAAGAGCGCCGACCUAAUCUAUUCCAAGGAAUUUUCAAAUACGAUAGAAGUCAGGACCGAGUGACAAACGUAUACAUGCCGGAGGGGACGAGCUUGUUGCCGCCCCCGCCGCCGCCGCCGCACAGGCAGCCGCCCGCUCGCCCCUCCACUCACGACGACUUCGAACCCGUGACGCUACACUCGUACGCCUAAACACAACGACUAAACCAACAGUAUUGAACACCAACGACAAACAACAAACGCCAAACACCUGCCUCUAUAGAGUGGCAACAAAAUGAAACUAUGGCAGAUAUAAUUUUACCAAAAGAAACUGUGAAGAAUAUGGGACAAAUUGUAUAUUUGUGUUUUUAUGCAUAUCGACAGUGUGAUGUGCGCAGUUGUAUGGAUUACUCUGGAUAGACUAUAUAUAGUACUUAUAUAAGUAUUUAAAUAGAAGAUUCCGAAGAGUUAUAACUAAUGUUUUUGAACUAACUAACUAUACAUUAAUGUAAUAUGACUAAAUUUUCGACAUGAUACACCUACUCAAUUCCUUUGAACUAUUCUACUGGACACUCGUUUUUAUAAUUGUGUAUCACAUAUUUUAUAAACGUGAAGAAUUUAAAAAAUGAUCCUAAGAAUAUAAGAUUUACGCUAAACGUGACAUCACUUACAAAAUCAUUACUCACUAAAAACAACUUUAAGGAAAAGGACAUACGAUUCUCUAUGAUAUGGCAUGCAUAAAUCGUCAAUUUCAUAUAUUGAUUAAAAAAAAACAAAACGAUACGUAGAUACUGUAAGAUCACUAUGUAAGUAAAGGAUUACUUGAGAGUAUGAUUUAAAAUCAUGACUUGAUUUAUACGUUCGUAUUAGUAAAUAGGUAGUUUAUAGAAGGUCACAAUUUUCUAACAAUUAAUGCUAAAGUUAAACUGUCAUGCAAAUGUGUUUUAGUGUUACAAUAUACAAAAUAUUAUUGUUACAGUGUAGACAUUCGUAUAGAUGGAAUCGGAAUUACUGAUUUCUCGUCAUAUGUAAAUAGAUGUACUUGUAUGAAAUUAAAAAAGGGAAACAUUCUCAUGGCCGUUGUAUUUUCGUAUGAUAUAGCUUGGAAUGAUAGAUACUUUGUUAGGUGUUAUACGAUAUCGUGCUGCGUAGGAAUAUAUUUACAAACAUUGUCAUGAUCUUGGAUUUUAUGCUUUUAAUUCACUUAUAUUACGGUUCAUUGGUUUCAUAUUAGGUCCUGAUAUAUUCAAAAUUCAACCUAAAGAAAUGUGAAAUUAAUGCAUCACAGUUAUGGACUUUUUUAAGUUCAUAUUAUUGGUAUUGAAUUAAAAAAUAUAUAUUUGAUCAUUUUUAUAAGAGUGCAUUAGAUGUUCUUUAGUUUGCAGCCUCGUUAGCACGAUAUCGCUCAUAUAUUGUGGUCAAGAUAAUAAAUAAAAUGUUAUUUUUGUAAAAUAUCGUCUUGCGUGCGUUCUUCCGCGGCUCACGGGGGAGGCGCGAAGACAAAUAAAUAAUUAUAGCGACCUAAAUAUUCAAUACAUACAGGGGUUUGGACAACUAUCUGAACACAUACAAAUAUAUUAUUUUUAUAUGUAUGUAUAGUUAUUUAUUUCGUGAGUAGACGUUACUCUUAGUUUAUUUAUGUCAAUUAUCUUAUUAUUAUUUAAAUGUUUUUGAAAUCAGCGAACAGAUUCUCAUACUACUAAGGAUUCAAUGCGUUCCUAAUUAUAACAAGAAAACGUCGAGAUAAAAUAUAUACGUCCUAAAAUGGCCCAUGGAAAAUCCAAACCCUUGUUUUCAGUGGGAAGUAGUCCUUGUAGGCAUGAUUAUUAAAAAUACUUAUAAAGUAAUAAAUAGAUUUACACUAUUAAUAAAAAAAAUACAUAAAUGGUGUGAGGAUUGAAAGUAUUGAAUUUUACUAUAGAUAUUCUAUUAUUUUUUUAUUACUUUCAAAUAUUGGAAAACUAUUUUAGAAAUAACUCACCAAAUUAAAUAUGGUGACAAUAAAAUAUCAAUGUAAAUAGUUAGUUUUAAUUACAAAUUCUUUUGUCAAACAAAAAGAGUCAAGUAAAUUGUAAAUAAUAUAAUUUAUUUAUAUUUAUUGAUAAACUGAUUUCAUUUAAAUUGAAACGCUCGUCUCGCGACGAGGCCACUACGCAUGUCAUAUCAGAAUCAUCAUUUAGUACCUAAUUAGAUUUAAAUAAUUUAUUACGCCUUCGAUUUACAUACAUAUAUGCCUAAUGUUUUUAUUCCGUUAACUAUCCACGAUGUUAAUGUGAGAAUGUCUGUUAAUAAUGUUUAUAUAUUUUAUUUGAAUAUAGUUUCGUUCUCAUUACGGGUUAAUGUCACAGACUCAAUUCGAGAUGUUAAAAUACGACAGGGUGUUUUAAUCUAAGCUAGUAUAGGAAGGAAUCAAUUGAACAUGCUCCGCUCAGCAUUGGAUAUGUAUUUUUAUUUGUUAAAAACUUAUGAACUAUGCACGCAGACUUUAAUGGAUAGUAUUAUUGGAUUGCAAAUGGCGGAGGAUUUUGAUUUAAUUAUUGAGAUAAAGGCUAAUGAGUUGGUGUUUGUACAAAAAUGUCUUCCAUUAUUUUUUUCUGUUUAUAAUAUAAAAAUAAUGCCAUACCUUUCGACUUAUAGCACGUAUUUUUUAAAACGGGCACUGCAGUGGCCUUACUGCACCUGAUCAUCCUCAGAGUGGGCUCCCAAUUAGAAUGUCCACUGACGACAUGAUUAGCCCUCGACAGUCGACAUAAUUAUGUAUGUUUUAUCAAAAUUUUAUUUGAAUUUUAAGGGUCAAAAAUUGUGAUGAUUUUUUACCAUGAUUUGCCACUACUUCAAUUAAGAAAUAUUAAUUAAAGGCGCUUGAUAUGGUUCAGAGAAGAAAAUAAGGAAUUAUUGUCUGUUUAAAUUUACAAAAUGCAUUUCACACUGCAAAUAUAAUUAAACGGCAGAUGAACAUUAGCUCAAUCAAAUGAUUUAAUAUGUAAUUAGUAAAGAAGUUUAAACAAGUUCUUAGAUAUAAAGUAUGCUUAGUUAAAUCAUAAAAAUAUAUCCAAUUAUGAUAGAACUCUUCAUGGGUUAUGAGAUAAAAGGUAAAGAUUUGUGGUAGAGAUAUGUAUUAUUAUAUGAAAGCACUUAUCACAUUGUAAUAAAUAUAUUUUUCAAUUAUUUAGUUUGAUCGUCCACUGUGAAUUCUUGUCCGAGUAUUAGUGAAUAAUAGAUUUAAAAAUUACAAUAUCAACUUGCUAGUCUUUAUCUUCACGUAUUAUAGGUAAUCUCAGUUAUUUGUCUAUUGUUGCAUAACUUAGCUCAAAAGAUUUGUUUAUAAUCAGGUUAGACAUAAUCUUUCCAACGGGGAAUUCAUUAAACGAUCCCAAUCCCUAACUUCGGAUCUAUCGCGAAAAUAGAAUAAUGAGAAUGAAGUUUGUUUGACAUGUUGACAGAUGACAUUAGUCGUUUUAAUUGUUUUAUUCUGGUGAUCUUGUCUUCUUAGAAUGUCUCAAUAACACGACUCGAAAGUCGAUGUCCUUUUUGACGUUUGUGAUUGGUCGAGAGACCAAUGUGUCGGUCACGUGUUAGUUUCUCAACCAAUCAAUAAAACGAUACGGAGCUGUGUCGUGUUUUUGCCACAUUCUAAACGAAAUUGGAUUUGUCAUUUCUAUAUUAAAGACAGCAGAAUACAAUCAGUUACACGUUAUUACACCCGGUGUUAGUAAUUAUGAUUAAGGUUUCGAUCGUUUAUUGAAAUCAGGGGUAAGCAAAUCCUAGGAAAACCUGCUUACUUAUAUUUGUUGGUUCAUUAUGAGUAUGAAACUUGUGCCAUAUUAUUAAUUAUAUUGCUCAAAUUAAUAUUAUUUUACAAUAACGUUAUUUUUUGGCUAAUACAGUCGGAUAUUGCGUUUAAUAUUGCUCAAGUUAAAUUUAUUUUGUAGUGUUUUUUUGUUGUUAUUAAAUCUUAAGAUUUCAUUUUAAAUAAUGACUGGACAGUUUGAUAUUACGAGAAGGCGCCUUUUAUAUGUUGAAAAAAUAUAAAAUUCACGUAAAGUAAAGACGAUUCAUAUACGUCGUUCUAUAAUACGCUGGUUUCUUUGAUGAGAAUGAAUAAUAAUAAAUACAGGUAUUUUUUCAUUGUAUUAUAUUUAUCUCAAUUUAUUACUGAUACUUAUUUUACUUUGAUAGGCAACAAUACUAGUAUUGUGGAAUUUCAUGCAAUGAAAUGUCAUUAUUAAUUGUGCUUUUAUAACGGAACUGUAUCGUUAUUAUUAUUGUUUUGGGUGAGAACAUUUUGUGCUGAGUGAGUCCCUUCAAAUCAGCAUCCCGCAGGGCAGCUUGUGGCGAGCUGUUGGUGAGUGGCGACACCACGUACCCGAGUGCUCCUUUGGGCUACCAUCUUCCCCACCUCAAGACGAUCUUUCCCAGACUAUGUACUGGUUGAGCUCGGCUUGAGGGGAGUCGCUAGAGCUUGGCUCGGGGAGAUAGAAGUGUAGUGUCAGUUCUAUUGAAAAAUAGACUGUCGCACCGCCUCUCUACAUCCUCAGCUAUCCGCCAUGAAUUCCUCCAUUUGGACAUCUUCUGUAUUCAAAGAGAGGAAUUUAUAGAGGGGCCACACAGGAUAGCGAGUCACCGUCUGCCAUUUGAAAAACAGAGACCGCAAUGGCAGAUGUCCGGUCUCAACACAAUAGAAUUUUGGCCAACAAAACCGUGAACAGCAUCGGCUAAUUGGAAUUAACACAUCACUAAAAUAGUUGCGUUUUUAAAAUAACAAACAAUUGGUUAUCAAAAUUCAUUUAACUCAAGGUAAAUAUUGGUAGUGAGAAAACCGCUGGCUUUCUCACUUCGAAUAUAGAUUACGCAAGAGCAUCAGGCCGCUUGGAUCGGUCGGAUGUGAUGUGCGUAGUCGGGGCGACGCGGCGCGGAGGCGCGCGGCGGGGCCCCUCGCCGUGCUACGAGACGCUCCUGGGCCGCAUCGCCGGUAGGUAAAUCGUACAGUUCGGAGCGGGUAGUUCCUAACACCCUACUCGCUUCUGUAGACCACAACUACAGGUAACAUUACGCGUUUGUUUUAAUUCCUUAUUUCUAGGAUUGAAGGGGCUCACAAUCUUAGAUUUUGUUUCGAUAAGUUUCGUCUUUUCAUUUCAUUAUUUAUUAUUUUGUAAAUAUAUCUUGUAUAAACGGCAUGUUAGCAAUAUAAAAAUGGUGAUAAAUAUGUUUGUUAAGUAAAGCCCUUAAUUUUUUUUAUUUAUGCCAAGUGUAAAUAUAAGGUAAAGUUGGCAUAACAUGCCAUCGCCGUAUAACAUAUUAAGCAAACAUAUUUUGUUUAAAAUAUGUUAUAACGUGCACUAUAACGAUGCGUGUUGUAUUUACACUUUGUAUAUGCAGUAGACAGGAACUCAGUCCGCCCUAUUAAAGUUACUAUCACCUCAAUAUCCACCGUUGCGUUAAUGUUUGUAAAAAAGCUGUUCAUUAUGAGAAAUUACCAAUUUAUAAAGAAAAUGUUAAUAAUAAUUUUAGACGGGGAGCGUACUUCGAGAGUGCUGUGAUUUACAUAAUGAAGAAUCAAUGACUACUUAACCCUCAUUGGUAGUCCGCAACGAGAUCAUUUUCUCAUAAAACAACGUCGAAAUAUUUUGAAUACGACGUUGUUUUGCGUAUUUUCAUAUAAAAAUAAAUUGACGAAAGUCUGCGAUGCCUUUUGUAAUAUUAUUAUACUUAUAUUACUUUUAAUUUCAUUAGUUUGAUGUAAAACUGUCAAAUUAAUGAAAGGAUUGGAAUGAGGCACAAAAAGGCGUACCACACAAACCAACGCACAAAGCGCAUUACACUUACUUUACAUUGAUUUAUUAAUUUUUUUAAUAUAAAAUUUUGUACGUGUGCCAAAUAUAUAUUGCAGCAUUUUUUUGGUACUGUGUGUUUGUUUGAUUGAAUUUAAUCAUAAUUCAAUUAAUUCUAGGUAAUGAAACAGCUUUUACACCUUUGAUAAGGCCUCCUACUACGAGGUGUCAAAACUGUUGUCAGAUUUAUUAUUGUACUGAAAAUUAAAGAAUAGACAUUAUUCAAAUUG